UGCGCCGCAGUUAAUUUGAAUAUUUUUUCAAUCAUACCGAACCGUUAUUAUUCAAAUUAAUUGCAAUGUAAAAGGGCAAACUAUUCAAUCCAUUGAACGUCAAUAAAUCUUCAGCACCGUAUAAUUUAUUUUGAUAUUUAUAAUUCAUCGUUCAGUUCACCUCCGAUUUUGUGUCUAACGCCGUUAAAGCAAUUCAAAUUUUUGCCAACGCCAUUUCAUUCAAUUUCAAUCUUGUCGACGCCGUCCAAUUGGAUUUCAAUUUUUGUCAAAGCCGUGCAUUUCAACAUCGAUCUUCGCCAAUGUUGUUCAUUCAAAUUUAAAUUUUUCAACCUCGUUCAAUUCAACUUCGGUAAUUCUACGUCGAUCAUUCAAUAUCACAACCCGUAGGUCAAAUCCAAAAUAUGAUUUGGAUAAUUAAAAUUGUCGUCAUCGUACUCUAACAAUGAAACUUUACUGUGUUUUGUUUUCCUUUGCCAUUGCAAAUAUAUUGGCAGAAACUAUAGAUAAUUAUAAGAUGGAAGUUGUCAUUACCAACGAACUAAUCAGGCAAGCUGAUAAAGUACGGGGUGGGGUUACAAAUGCAAUAAGAACAAUUUUCUAUGAAAAUACGCAAUAUAGUAUGGGUUAUACUAUGGAUCAAGCAGCCACUAAUGUCGAAAAUAUAUCUAGUAUCAAGUCGGUGCCUGCUGCUGAAACUCUAGUGAGGGAAAUCAGCAAAGCUGAUUUGAAAGUUGAUAGUAUGACAAGAAGAGAUAUGGUUAAAGUUUAUAUUAGAAAUUUAAUAAAAUUUCCUUCAGGUGGUCAUUAUAAAUUCAAUUCUCUUGAAAAUUGCAUUUUAAUUGGAUUAUACAUAACUUCAUUGCUUCAAGAACAUCAAGCACAUAAAUUUAUGAAAUCUGCAAGUGUUGACACUAAUGAUAAUUGCACACUUACUUCUGCACAAGGAGAUUUUACUUUCUACGCAACAAAUACUAUGAUUGGCGUAUAUCAAUAUUGGCCGGACAGUCACAAAAAGAUAUUACUUGAUAACAUAGAAUUGUAA